CUUUGCUUAACAUGUUUCAUUCAUUCAAUAGUACUUGAAAACCCUUAACUACAAGACGCGGUAAGAGCCCAUCUUUGAAGGGUUUUCAAAGGUACUUAGGAGGAAAAAAAAAGAAGAAAGAAAAGAGAAAAUGAUAGGGUGGGAAGAUGUUUACAAGGUGGUUGUGGCUAUGGUGCCUCUCUAUGUUGCACUGAUGUUAGGGUAUGGAUCAGUGAAGUGGUGGCGGAUAUUCACCGCGGAACAGUGUGAUGCUAUAAACCGCCUUGUCUGCUAUUUCACUCUCCCUCUCUUCGCUGUGGAAUUCACAACUCAUAUUGAUCCGUUUCAAAUGAAUUAUCGAUUCAUUGGUGCUGAUACCAUAUCCAAGCUUGUUAUUGUGGUGGUUCUAGCCUUUUGGGCAAAGUGUAGUAGCAAAGGGAGCUAUUGCUGGUCCAUCACAAGUUUCUCUUUGUCUGCUUUAACUAAUGCUUUGGUUGUGGGGGUGCCUUUGAUGAGAGCCAUGUAUGGCCAAACAGGGGUCGAUCUUGUUGUCCAGUCAUCUGUUGCCCAAGCGAUUAUCUGGUUGACGGUUUUGCUAUUUGUUUUGGAAUUUCGGAGGUCAGGAGUCUCCAUUUCUUCAGCAACAAAAGAUGGUAAUGAACAGGAGAAAGAUGUAGAAGGAAACACAGAGAAUGCUGGGGUACUCAGCACCAGGCCUUCUUUCUGGAAUCUGAUGAAGGUUGUGGGGAUGAAACUGGCUGUGAAUCCCAAUUCAUAUGCUUGUGUUAUUGGCCUUGCUUGGGCUUUUGUUGCAAACAGGUGGCAUUUUGAGAUGCCAAGCAUAAUGGAGGGAUCAAUAUUGGUAAUGUCAAAGGCUGGAACAGGCACUGCCAUGUUUAGCAUGGGAACCUUCAUGGCUCUUCAAGAAAAAAUAAUAGCCUGUGGCACAAGUUUGACGAUAUUCGGGAUGGUUUUGAGGUUUAUUGCUGGACCAGCGGCCAUGGCCAUUGGGGCCAUCGCUGUGGGUUUGCAUGGUGAUGUUUUACGUGUCGCCAUCAUUCAGCAUCUCAGCAAUGUGGUUCACUCCAGUCGACUAAAAAGCCAGCAGCAUUGCCGCAAUCCAUUACCUCCUUCAUCUUCGCCAAGGAAUAUGGCAUGCAUGCAGAAGUACUCAGCACUGCAGUGAUAUUUGGCACCAUCGUAUCGUUACCGGUGUUGGUCGCUUACUAUGCAAUUUUAGAGUCUGUACAUUAAUCUACCUCGGCCGACCUCAUUUCAUACUCUUUUUUUUUUUCGAUGAAAGGGGAAGGGGGGAGGGAUGAUCAAUGUCUUUUUUCCAUUUUCUUUAAUUUUCUUGUUUUUGAUCCAGUAUUGUAACCGGAAUUAGUUUAUAACUAUAAUUAACUCAGUGGUAGGUAAUGUUAAGAUGCAAAUGAUAUCUUAAAAUCACAUUAUCUCUGGAAAAAUGGGAAACAAAAUAUUAAUGAUAUUAAAAAUGAGGAAGAUUUUUAUAUGUGAUUAAUCGAGUUUUAAGUCAUUUGCAAAAUCUAUUGUGAAUAUUUUGUGUUUAGUAUUUGUUUUCUUCUUCUUGGUU